AUGGAAGAAUUGCGGACCAAAGAAAACAUGUCCAGCAGAGGUGAAGGUCAUUGUGUCCUAGAGAAAUGGAAUAGUUGCGCUUGCGAGUUGGCUGUGCCCUCAGAGGUUCCUGAGCAUGCAAUUAAGAAGUUGCACAUAUACGAUUUCGACAACACGUUAUUUGCUACGCCGGGCCCCACAGAGCAGCUGUAUACACGCGAGCUGCUGAAUCUGCUAACGUCGAGCGUGCUACCGAAUGGGGGUUGGUGGAAUGAGCCGGAGUUUCUGCGGACUGCUAUCAAGACGUCGAGUGAUCAACCCAGACGGUUUUCAUGGAAUGAGGAGAUUGUCAAGUUGGCAGAGAGGUCAUAUCGUGCGAAGGACACAGUCUCGAUCGUUUUAACAGGCAGAGAGGAGGGCAAAUUCCAUGAACUAAUACAGUAUGCUCUGCAAACAGCAAGAGACCAUUGGGAAUGCUCACCAAAUGAGUUUAGGUUCAAUGCAGUCUGCCUGAAAAAGACUUCGAUGUCCAAGUACACGAGUGAAUAUAAGAAGGCCCUGAUGCAGGAUUUUUUGGAAUACUACCCUUCACUAAGGGAGUUGACCAUCUAUGAUGAUAGAGCGCAUCAGAUAGAGGCGUUCAAGUCAUUUUUCCGCUCCUUGGAUCUGCCUAGUUUGCAAUGGUUUGCAAUUCCCGUGCGACCGUUCACGAAGUCCCUACCCAGGGAGCAAGAGCUCAAAUUGAUAAGGGAAAUGGUGAGUGAGAACAAUAUUCAGGCUUCUAGUUCUUCAAAGAAGUUUGAUUUGGCAUGGACUCCAAAGCAAAUUGGCUACAUGCUCAACAUGAAAUCACAUCGCCUGUUGUCGAUGGAAGUCAUAAAGAUUUUGAGACGAAUGAGAGGUAGAAGAACGUUCAAGCCAAAACUGUACGAGUAUCCCAUGUAUAUACCCUGUGCGGAACCUGGUAAAAAUAUCCCUGCGCUUGAAGUUGUUAAGAUAUGGUCAAACGACGGCGCCUGCGCUGAGUCUGAGGAGAAAGUGCAGCGCACUUUACAAGAAUUCCAGCAGCAACAGUCUGGAAGAUGCAUGGUUCGUUUUCAAGUCACCGACCUUGCUAUAGUACCGUCGACGCAUCACAACAAAAAGAAACCCUUGGAAGUCUAUUUCAGGGCCACGCCCGAGCCAAAUAGAUACACCUUCUCGUUGUUCCCAGAAUUCAUAGUCACGGGUCAUUUCUAUACCAGAGAUGAAAUUGAAGAUAUAGAAGCGGUCACAAACCGUCUGACAAACUCCAAGAAGGCUAUUCGCUGGACCCCCUUAGACAAUGCCAUUCCCAUAAAGACAUCCUUUGAACAGUUUGACAAAUUGGCCUCGGUCCCGUAUAUUCACGAUUAA